GGGCGGGGCCUUGCGGACCGGAGCGAUCUGCUGCGGGCUGAGCGCAGAGGCUGCACGAGGCUGGAAGUGGAUCCCAGGCGCCGCAAGGUUCUUGGACAGUCACAAUGGGAAUCCAAGGAGGGUCUGUCCUGUUUGGGCUGCUGCUCGUCCUGGCUGUCUUCUGCCAUUCAGGUAAUAGCCUGCAGUGCUACAGCUGUCCUUUCCCAAACAUUCGGUGCACUACGACCACCAACUGUACAUCUAAUCUUGAUUCGUGUCUCGUUGUCAAAGCCGGGUUACGAGUAUAUAACCGGUGUUGGAAGUUUGAGGAUUGCACUUUCAGCCGCAUCUCAAACCAAUUGUCGGAAAAUGAGUUAAAGUAUCACUGCUGCCAGAAGGACCUGUGUAACUUUAACGACGCACUUCAAAAUGGUGGGACAACCUUAUCAAAGAAGACGGUUCUUCUGCUGGUGACCCCAUUUCUGGCAGCAGCCUGGAACCUUCAUCCCUAAGUCAACACCAGGAGAGCUUCUCCUCAACUCCCAUUCCUGUGUAGUCCCUUUCCCUUGCCACCACAGUCUAAAGGCUUGAUAUUUUCCAACUGGAUCCUGUUGGGAAAGAAUAAAAUUAGAUGCAGCAACUUGGGUAAGAUAGAGCGGCUCUGGGAGAUUUUGAAGAUGAGUCCUAUUUGCAGGGAAGCCCCACUUGAAGGAAGAAGUUUAAGAGUGAAGUCGGUGUGACUUGAACUAGAUUACAUGUUGCUUCCUUUGCUCUUGGGAGGACCAGCUUUGCAGUGACAGCUUGAGUCCAAUCUCGGCAACUCUCAGAUAUUUUCCCUCUGGCUCCUUGGGUAUAGUCAAUUAGCAUCAUUAGUACAUUUUUGGAGGGUAGAGCAGGAGUGUGUGAGCAUUCUUUCUCAUAUGGAACACUUCCAUAAACUUCAGGGCUCCCAAAUUGCCAUGGAGGCAUGCCAAGCAGGGCUAGAGGACUUCUGGCAGGGAAGCGGGCAAGUGUUCCAGAUGGCAGGGCAUGAAAACUUAGUGAGGUACCAGGAGCUGAAAGUUGAGUUUUUCCCCGUCUUUAAAUUUUAUAUGGGCUUUGUUACCUUUCACUGGAAAAGUAUAAUAGCAUACAUUAAUAGUGUGUUAAAGCUAUUUUCUCUCCUUUUUUAAAAUUGGAAUGGUGGGAUACCUUGGCUUUGCCACACACAGUUACAGAGUGGACACUCUGUGCUACAUGUAACUAGCAGUAUUAAGUGUCAUUAUUUUAAAUGUUACUGGUAAGAAGGCCGUUCAGGUAUGUGUGUAUACAGUAUGAAUGCAAUGGUAACAGCCUUUGGGGUUGUAGUUUGAGACUUCCAAAGGCCAUUCUUAAUAACAACAGAUCUGCAGCGGUGUGUUUUAUUUGUCUGCAUCCAGCCUCCUGUUAACUCCUAGCUGACUUAGCAUAGACUGUAUAAAAUGCCUUUGUAAGGGCUAUUAGCACAGUCACAGGUGUUUGAGGCUUUCAGAAGCUCUUUCUAAAAAACGAUACGUACCUUUCACAAAGGCACACUUUUUCCUUUUCCCUGUACAUUCUAGUGAAUAAAUCUCAAGACUCGGUAGACCUAAUGUCAUUUGUAUUAUGAUCUUGGCUGUAUUUAAUGGCAUAGCCUGACUUUUGCAGAUGCAGGAAUUUCUUGAUUAGCUUUGAAAAAAUGAAAAAUAGAAAAACUCUUUAUUAAACUCUAUUGGACAAA